AUGGCUCACUUUGAUGUUUGCGGCAUUGCAAUUGCCAAUGAGCUAAGCUUAUCCUGCCCCAACCUCGUCCCCAGAUUCUUCUCGAGUAGGUGAGGACAUUAGAACGCGGAUGAUUGUUUCCACGUACUUCAUUACUCGUUCGAGAAAAGAAAGCUGUCAAGGCUCUAUGCGCGCGCAAAGCAGCGCAGUGUUGACGCGCGCAGGCGACUGACGUCAGAAUCAGCGGUAGGAUGUCAGCCUGUCCCGAACAGAUCGAAACUACAUGGCUAGUUGUUUUAGGCCGUCGAUACGCGGUGGAAGUCUCAUCGCGAAGAAAUACCGUUGCUUGGGUCAAAUUGGCGAAGGAUCCUUUGGAGUUGUAUACUUAGGAAAGAAUGAGGAGAAUAGAGAACAGGUAGCGAUAAAAAUUGAGUCCCAACACUCUUCUCAACCGAAAACGCUCUUGGACGAAGCGCGUUUGCUCAGUACACUGCAUCGAGCUAGCGGAAAUGGAAUUGCGGUAAGGAAAUCUUUAAAAUGGUAG